AUUACAAAGUUCCUUUUAAUCUCUUCUUCUCUGCCGCUCCAUCUAAGAUCCAGUCUUUUAAUAAACAACGUACUCGGUGUUUUCUUUUAACUACCAAUCAUUUGUUAAGAUUAUAUCAGGUUCGGUCAAUCAGAUCGAACCAGCAGCUGCAGGAAUGACCAUGGAAGGAAAUACGGUGAAAUGGAUGGGCAGUACUAAAGGUGUUCUCCUACUGAUGAUGCUAAGUUUUGUUGCUGCGGUUUCUCUUACUCUGAUGAUUUUCCAUGUGAACGAUCAAAACCAAGAUAUAAAAUACCUCCAGCAUCACCACCACCAAGAACAACUCAACAAUCGGGUUUUUGGGAAUUUCAAGGAGACAGCUGAACUGGGAAAUGAAUUCGGAUACAUUUCUAAAGCGUUUGGCUGGGUCAAGAACAUUAUUUUUGAUGGAUUUUUGGGAGGAAGAGAUUUGCCAUAUGAUUCCAGGAUAAAUAGUGGACAGAACCAUGAGGAAUUUGAUUUCGACCGCAGAGUAAUUAGUCCGAAUUUAUCUUCUUGUCAUGAUUCUUAUGCAGUACCAGGUGAAAUGAUGGUGAAUUGCUGUCCACCUAGACCUGAAUCAGAAGAACACGUAAUCGACUUCGUGUUACCACCUCCGUCAACUCUCCGUGUUCGCAGACCUGCUCAUCUAGUCGACGACGAAUACAUAGCUAAGUUAAAGAAAGCCGUGAAGAUCAUGAAAUCUCUACCUUACACUGACCCGAGAAACUGGAUGCGCCAAGCUAAUAUGCAUUGUCUAUACUGCACAGGCUCUUACAACCAGAAAUACUCCAACUCCAUCGAAGUUGAUAUUCACAAGACAUGGUACUUCUUUCCUUGGCAUAGAAUGAUGAUAUACUUCCAUGAGAAAAUCAUUGGGAGUCUCAUUGGAGACGAAGACUUCGCGUUGCCUUUCUGGCAGUGGGACGCGCCAGAGGGAAUGUCAAUGCCUAGUAUGUACUGGGAAGGAGCAUUGGUCGACACAGAGCGCAAUCCUUUGCACAUCUCUCCGAACUCCAUAGGUGACCUCAAUUACCAGAUGACUGAAAGUAAUCUCAGCAGGGAAGAAUUAGUAUCAAGUAACCUUGCUUUCAUGUAUAACCAAAUGGUUUCUGGUGCUACAACAAGUGAACUAUUCAUGGGCUGCCCUUUCAAAGUCGGUGAAGCCGGUGAAUGUCUUGGCCGGGGGACAAUUGAAGCUGCGCCGCACAACACAAUGCAUUCUUGGGUAGGAAAGCACGCCAACCGUUAUAAUGAAAACAUGGGUGUUUUCUAUUCAGCAGCUAGGGAUCCUACAUUUUAUGCACAUCAUGCUAACAUUGAUAGACUCUGGGAAGUCUGGAGAAAAAUGGCGAAUUACAAAAAAGAUAUCGUGGAUCCUGACUGGUUAAACGCCUACUUCUAUUUCCACAACGAGAAGUCGCAGCUCGUUCGUGUAAGCAUUCACCAAAUUUUGAACAUAACUGACAUGGGUUACAGAUAUCAGGAUGUCGACUUACCUUGGUUGAAUGCGAAACCGAAGCCUUCAAUGUCACCAAAGAUUGCACGUAACAGACUGAAGAUGAACAUGAAGAAUUUUAGUACAAGAGCCGAUCAGAAGUUGAGCAAUGUAUUGCAGUUGGUGACUGAAAAGAGCUCAUGCUUCGAGCCUACGGGUCGAACUUUACACACUAAUGUCAGAGUCAGGGUUUACAGGCCGAGAAAGAGUAGAACCAAGCAAGAGAUUGAAGCAGAGGAAGAGGUUUUGGUGGUUUACGGCAUAGACGUGAAGAAGGAUAUGUAUGUGAAGUUUGAUGUUUACGUUAAUGUGGUGUUCAGUGGCAGUGAAAGGACUAGUGAUAUCAAUCUUGGUCCAGAGUCUAGAGAAUUUGCAGGGACUUACGUUAGCUUACAACACGGUGUCCGGAAGAUUAUGAAUGAAGGUGAUACAAUGAUUAAAAGGAAGAGGAAGACUAAUUUUAAUCUGGGAAUCUCAGAGUUACUAAAAGAUCUUGAAGCAGACGAAGAUGAUAGCAUUUUGGUCACAUUGGUCCCUAGAAAUGGUUCCGGAGUCAACACUACCGUUGACGGGGUUCGCAUCGAUUAUUUGCCAAGAUAUACUCAAUAGUGAUGCCCUUUAUAGCCAUUUUGAUUGAGCUAUUUUUAGAUUUUUUGUUCGCAUAUGUACAAGUAAGAAAUUGCUGAUGCAAUAUAUUUUGGAAUUCUGAAUAUGUACGAGUGAAACAUAUAAACUGUGUAUUGUUAAAUUGCACAAUCUGUCAAAGAAUCUAGUAUUUGACAAGGAUAAGAAAUUCACAGGAUAAUUUCAAUUC